CCAAGAGGAAUUUGCAGGAUAAUGGCCGCUCUCUAUUAUUAUCAUUUCCCAUUGAAAGUAAAAUAGGUCUUAGGCGAGAACAAAAAACAUAAACAAAGGCAUGGAACUGUAGGUGUCACGAGCUAUCGCAAACGUUUUCAAAUUUAAAUCAGGCCCGUUCUCUCGAGUUUUAAAAAUCUUUUGACCAUCUAACCACAAAUGCUAAAUCAAUUACCAUUGUUAAAUUACCUACGACUCGUUUCAUAGAAAGCGGAUAAGUUGAUGAAUUUUAGUGGAGGGGAACUAGUCGCAGAUUGGGUACUCGUGGGGGAACCGCAUUCGCCCGUCCUACUUCAAGUUCACGGUCGUUCUCGGAGUUCGGACCCUCUGCCACCAACCUUCCUCACGGCUUUUGUGAAUAGGCAGUAAGACGACGAUUAUUAAUAUUUCGAUAUUUUCUUUAAGACUUUGGAAAGGCGGGAAAAGGAAGCCGCCACACGGAGAUGACUGUUGUACGUGUAACGCAAUCUUCGGGCAAUUGGGAUGCAAAGCCAGCAAAAAAAAGAGAUUUAUUCAACUCUAUUAACAAUUUCUUAACUCUAACAUGUGAGAUUUUGGUGCUGAUGGUUAACUUGUUCCUCUCACUCGUUGAAUCCCUUAUGAAAUUGGUUCUGCCAUCACAAGAAAAACUGAUAAACAAUGACAUAAUUUUAGUCACUGGGACAGGCCAUGGAAUCGGAAGGGAGCUGGUUCUACGAUUGUCGACACAAGGUUGUAAAAUUGUCUGCUGGGAUGUCAACGAAGAAGGGAACGCUGAAACUUACAAAAUAGCAAAAGAAAAAAAUCUUCAUAAAAAUCUUUAUAUGUACAAGUGUGAUGUAUCAUGCCGUGAAGAUGUUUUGGCGCUUGCUGAAAAGGUGAGAAAUGAUGUCGGUGAUGUAACCAUACUUGUCAACAAUGCUGGCAUCAUGACAUGCAAACCUUUGGAGAAACAAGGACAUGACACUGUUAAAAGAAUAUUUGAUGUUAACACAAUGGCACAUUUCUGGAUGCUAGAGGCUUUCCUGCCUGGAAUGAAGCAGAAAAAUAAAGGUCACAUUGUGGCUGUGUGUUCUAUGUGUGGAAUAAUGGGCAUGUCUUAUGGGGUGCCUUAUUGUGCAUCGAAAUUUGCAGUCAGAGGCUUAAUGGAAUCUCUGUACGAAGAACUCAGGAAUGACCGACUAGCGAACAAAAUAAAACUCACAACAGUUUUCCCAAUCGGGACUGACACAGGGUUGGCAAAGAACUUGAAAAAUAGGUUUCCAAAUUUGGUUCCCGUACUCACACCAGAAGAAGUAGCACUGGCAAUUGUCAUGGCUAUAAAAAAGGAGACGUUUCAAGUUUCCGUCCCAUCAUCAGUGAUGGGAUUUAAUAAUGUAAUGAGGCUGUUUCCAAGGAAGUUUCAAGAUCUUAUAUUAGACUUUAUGGACACAGGUGUAUACCCUGACUGAAAGAUAAUGUGUUAAUAAAAAUUGUACAAGUUAUUCCCCAGUACUCAUUAUAUUGCAAGAUGCUAGUUCCUAAUAUUAGAUCCCCAGAAAUUAAGAUUUCAAAUAAAAAUGACAGUUAUAUGGAACAUUUUAAAUUUGAAGAGCCAAAAAAAAUAAUGAUUGUGUACCUGAGCAUACUAAAUGAAUACGUUUUUAUCAAGUGUUCCGUGAAAAAG